UGGUGAGCUACUCGGGAAGGGGCCCAGUGAAGUGAGAGCUGGGUGGUGUGUACAGGCAGCUUUUGCAGAAGGUACCAGCCUGUGUCAGUCAACACAGACACCCACCAGCCCUGCGUGAAUGAUGGUGGUGGCUAAAAACCUGAAACCUGGCUUGGUACCGUGCUCUUCGCCGUGUUUCUCAGGACAGCAGUGAUGACAUUGAAGAUGUGUCUCUCUUUGAUGCAGAUGAUGAUGCAUCCAGGAGAUCAAAAAAGUCAAAAAUAAGGCAUCCAGUGGCAUCAUUUUUCCACUUAUUCUUCCGAGUCAGUGCGAUAGUUGUCUAUCUGCUCUGUGAGCUCUUAACUAGCAGCUUUAUUGCCUGCAUGGUGACUAUUAUCCUCCUCUUGUCAUGUGACUUUUGGGCUGUAAAGAAUGUCACAGGGCGACUGAUGGUUGGCCUUCGUUGGUGGAACCAGGUGGAUGAUGAUGGUAGAAGUCACUGGAUAUUUGAAGCCAGGAAGGUAUCAACGCAAGGGAGUAAAGCCUCAUCAGAAGCAGAGUCACGAAUUUUCUGGUUAGGUCUAAUUACCUGUCCCAUGAUCUGGGUGAUAUUUGCUUUCAGCGCUCUCUUUUCUUUCAAAGUGAAAUGGCUGGCAGUGGUGGUGAUGGGAGUGGUGCUUCAGGGAGCCAACCUUUAUGGUUAUAUCAGGUGUAAAGUUGGCAGUAGAAAGAACUUGACGAGCAUGGCCACCAGCUAUCUUGGAAAGCAGUUCUUGCGGCAGACUGUGGCUAAAGAGGACCAAACAGCAUCCUGAGUGGUGGAAGCCUCAAGACAGACUUGAUUCACAGUAGGGAACGACGGAGAAUGUUGCUCUGACCAUGAGAUUUGGGAGCUGCAUACAUGAAGUGUGAAUUAAAAGAAGUAAAUAAAUUGUGCAAGACUUCAGGUUAACACUCCUAGCAACUUAUAUUCGAUUUUCUACUAGCAGUUUGUGUUUAAGUCCUUUCUUUAGUUUGAUUAAUUAGAAUUAAUUUGCCUAAACUUCAAACUAAAAAAUAUCCUAGGUGGCUAUCAUACAGGUUUAAAACUACUGGAUGAAUUAAGAGAAAAUUGCUGGACAUCCUUCUUCAGAAAAACCAUGCACAAGCUGAGCCUUCUUUCACCAAGAAUUUCCCAACUCUUCCAGCAGUUGAUGCCUCACAUAGUUUCAGUUGUGGACGUUGUUGCAUUUUGUUCUUGGAGGUUGUUGCUGCUUCUGUUACAGAGUUUAGAUAGUGCUCUUUUGGCUCCACAUCUCUCUGAUUCUGUGACUUGAAUGGCACUGAGGUGGGCUCAGUGAAGAACAUCUAAAGGAAGUGUUGCUGUUGGCUUAGUGGGAAGAUAAUUGGAGUCUCAUGGAAACUGCAGAAAGUGACUUCUGAGCAGCUCUGGUCUUUUAUUUAUCUGAAACAUUCUUAGAGGUCUCGGUAACAUCUUAAACCCCUGGAUUUAUGGGAAGUCCCUCUGCCACCUGUAGGUCUGUGUCUGUAUGGAGAGUGUAGUAAGAGUAAAACCAGUUUCUGGGGAAGGUUGCACACACAGUUUCAGAAACAGAGUGAAUCUGGGAGCAGGUGCUGCCUGACUAAUGCUGUUGAAGCAAUGCCAUCUGGUGUCGUGUUGGCGCUGCAUUUGGUGCCACGGGUCUUGUCCUCUGGCCAGGAGGGUGUAGGGUGAGUGAUCUGCUGUUUCUUCAUUGGUCCCUCAGCAGAGGGUCACGGGGAAUGCGACCAGCGACCAACAGGGUUUUACGUUUCUUGAAUCCAUGCAGCAUGCUGUCCUUAAGCUGUGCUCCCCCAGGGGUCUGCAGGGUGGAAAAAAAGCCUUUUGUAGGAUUGUGAAAUGUUGGCUUGCAGUGUGUUCACUUAGGUGGCAAAGUGGUGUGUUUUGUGUGACAAGCUGUAUGAAAGGGGUCCGUUCCUUCUUGUCAUGUGAUUCCUGUUCAAGGCAGAUUGUCCUUUCGCAGUGGCAGAUGUUGUAAAGUUCAGAUGAGGCGUUUUAAAUUAAGAAUGUGGUUUCUUUUUGAAUAAUGGGUAUUGUAAAUUGUGGGAUUGCAUUAACAUGAUUCCUCUCCCUGUACUGUAGCAAUACUUGGGAGCUGUACAUUUGUUUAACUCUUUGGAUUGAUACCUUCCUUUUGUAAAUAUGUAUUUAUAAAAUCUUGAAAUUAAAAUAAUGCUUUGUUUAACCAGA